AUGACGUCGAUCCCAGCCGUCCAAUCAGAGCAGAGGAAGUUUUGUUUCCGGGAAUGUUUGGUGAUGUGGCUCCGCUCUGACAUCCAUCCGAGGAAAUAUACCAAAUAACAAGCUUUACCUGGGAAGCACUCUCACAGUGCCGUCCUCAUGUUCAGCCGUCUGGCCACCGUCCUCCAGGAGCUCUCUGGGGAGGAGGACCCAGAUGGAGACCCACAGGGCAUGUUGGUGCCUCAGCUUCCUGCAGGUGAGGGCCAGGUCUCUGCUGAGUCCGAGGUACCAGAGGAGGCCGUGGAGAGGCUGGCUCACCUGGAGCAGCUGGUGGUCCAGCUGAAGGAGCUCAUCAGGGACAAAGACAUCCAGCUCGUCCAGAGAGACUCCCAGCUGUCAAACAAAGAUGCACAGCUCAAGGGUGAGAAAGACGAAGCCGAGGCUCGCUUCACCAAACUCAAACUGCAGGCCAAAGCCAAGAUGGCCUCCCUCAACAAACAGAUAACACAACUGAAGGGCCAGGGAGGAGAGGCAUCAAGUCCAGACAGCUCUUUCACAGGAGCGUCCGCUGCUGUCGAGGAGGAACUCCAGGAAGUGAAGAGGAAGCUGAGCGAGGAGGAAUCAAAGAGCAGAGAGCUUCAGGAGCGGCUGCAGAGCACAGAGCAGAUCCUUCAGGACAAAGACUCUACACAUGCUGAACAGCUGAUGAAGCUGCAGGCGGUGGUGUGUGAGAAGGAUGUGCGCUUUCAGGAGCAGAUCCAGAAACAUGAAGAGGAGCUGCUGAGGGUUUCAUCACAGCAGAGCAAUGAUGGCGAGCUGCAGCAGGCUCUUCAUGCAUCACAGCGGCAAUGCGAGGAGCUCAAAGAGGCACUAAACUCUCGAGCUCAGGUUCUGGAGAUGCUGCAGGAAGAAGUGAGCAGUGCUGAUCAGCAGAAACAGAUACUGACAGCUCAGUUCCGGCAGAUGGAGCAGGAGCUUUCUGAGGCCUUCAAGCAGAGGGAGGAGGAGAGGCAGCAGUGGGCCGAACGGGCGAGCAGAACCGAUGCAGACCUCCGAAGCAGCCUGGAGGCUUUGGACAGAACAAACAUGGAGGUGGCGAGGCUGCAGGGCGAAGUGGUGUCACUGAGGGAGGCGGAGCUCGUGAGUAUGGACGUUCUGGAGAAGGAAAAGAUGGAAGUUGCCAGGUUGGAGAGAGAUCUGGGUCUGAUGAAGGAGGCUGAGCUUGCGAGCGGUGAUGCUUCAGAGAGAGACAGAGCGGAAAUAGUUCGGCUUGAAAGUGAACUCACAUCCAUGAGAGAGGCAGGCGACAGCGCCGGCCAGGAGACGCCAGAGUCAGAUAAACUCCAGCGAGAGUUGGCUUCACUCAGAGAGGAACACGAAGACGCCCUGAAGAAGAGCGAAAUGUUGGCUGGUGUCUGGAAACAGCUUCGAUCUCUAACUGAGGAAGAUGUUGAGGCUGCAGAGGAAGAGUCCGUCCCCGCUGACCUCUCUGCGUUCGUGGACACGAUGCGGUCUGUAGAGACUCGGCUGACUCGGCUGAGAGACGAGAGCAGCGAGAGAGAGAAACACUGUGCCGAGCUCACCCACUCCAUGGAAACCCUUCAGGAACAACUCGACAGAAGAACCACGGAGCAGGAGGAAACCACGGCCAAGGUAGAAGAACUGGAGCAGAGGGUUGUAACGAUGUCAGACAAGGAGGAGGUGACCGAACCGUCAUCAGAGGAUUCAUCAGAAGAUAAAAAAGAGCGCAUCCUCCAGCUGGAGCAGCAGCUACUAGAAAAAGACCACGAGCUGCUCGCUCUGCAGGAGUCCCUCACAAUCGCUGAGCAUCACAUCGCCUCUCAGGAUUCAUCAUGUGAAAAAUGUGACCACGCUGCAGCUCAGGUUCAGGAUGAUUCCCCUCACAGUCCCGCUGCCCUCCCAGACUUCACUGAGGAUCCACAGGAGGAGGAGACAACCUUAGUGGCGGAGGACACCUCCGUCCUCUCCAUGUCUGCUGAUAACGAGAGCAGCCCAGAGCUCAUCGGACACCAGUCUGACUCCCCGGAGGAAUCCAAAGGGGCUUCUUCGGACGAGAUGGUGGCUAGUAGUGAUUCAGAGGUCGCUCACAGCAGCUGGACCCUCCUGGAGGCUGUGAACCAAGAUGGAGGUCAAGACUGGCCCUCUGUGCUGCAGGACUUUGGUCAACUGCAGCUGCAGUCGUGGGAGGCGACGAGCAUGGAGUCUGAAACCUCCACAGUUCAAGUCGAGUCCUCUUCUGUCAUCAUCAGGGAGACGGUGCAGGUUCAUGUGUCUCAGCAGGGUUCUCUCUCUGCAGAGGGCGGCAGCUCCUCCGGGCAGAUGUUCGCUCAGGUCUUAGCAGAGGAACUUCAGAAGAGGUACAGCGAGCUGUUGGCUGAACUGCAGAGACUCAGAGACUCAGCAGCAGAAUCACAGGAGAAAAUCAAGAACCUGGAGGAAGAAACACAAUCUCUUAUUCUGUCCAAAGAAGAGGCCGAGUCCCAGAGCAACAGAUUUGAAGAAGAACUGAAGUCGGCAAGAGAGGAGCUGGAAAAACUAUCUGAGGAGAGCAGCUCUGGGACAGAGAAACAAAGUGUCGAGAUGCAGCUUCUGGAAGAACAGAUCGAAAUCUUAAGCUCUGACAAGAAAACCAAAGAGGAGAAGAUGGAGGCGCUGCAGGCAGAUCUGGAAACCGCCCAACAAGCGUUCUCUGAGCAGGAGGGGCAGGUCAGGAUGCUGAAUGCUCAGCUGGAGGAUCGGGAGCUCCUCACAGCCGAGCUGGAAAAGAAGCUGCAGGAGAUGGAAAACAGCAUGUUGGAGUACUGUCAGACGUCAGAGAUACACAACGAAUCUUUGUCAAAGAAGGACUGUGAAAUCAGCGAGCUGCACGUCCAACUCAGCCAGAAAGAGCAAGAGAUGAUGGAGCUGAACAACAGCAUGUCAGCAAAACUCCUCCAAGCAGAGGAGGAGAAGUUCCAGAUCGACGGGGAGGUCGGGAAACUGAAGGAGCAGAUUGUGGAGCUCAAGAAAGUCAAAGAGGAGACACAACGAGAAAGUCCUGAAGAGUCGGUGUCUGAAGAAGGGGAUGAACUCGUCAGUCUGAGGAAGGAGAAAGGAGCGCUGGAAACACAACUCACGACCACCAAGAGGAAGCUGCAGGCGGCGCUGGUGCAACGCAAAGAGCUCCUGAAGAAGGUCGCUGGAUUUGAGGCGGAGGCAAAGAAAUGGAAAGAGCAAGGUGAGACAGCAAAGGAAGAAAGUCCUGCAAAUGUUCAAGAAUCCGAACAGUCAAGAGGACAGGAGGUGCAGGAACUGGAGGCUAAACUCAUCAAACUGGAGCAAGAUUUAAGAUCCAAAGAAGAGGCGUUUGAGAUGCUGGAGCAGAAGAUGAGCCAGCAGGAUCAGGUUCUCACUGAGACGCUGGAGCAGAAUAAAAAGCUCAGUGAAGAAGCUCAAACGUCUCAGCAGGCAUCAGAAGUUUCCUCUGAAGCAUCUGCGUUACAAUCCCAGGUGACCUCUCUGGAAGCUGAGUGCGAGUCCCUUCAGAAGAAAGUCCAGGAGGCCCAAGAAUCCCGCAAGGACACCAUCCGCAAAGCCAAGGAGAAAGACCGGCACCACCGAGAGCAGCUGAAGCAGCAGAAAGAGGAAUACACCGAGCUGCUGGAGCGCUUUGAGGUGCAGACCGGAGAGAGGGACGGUCUUCAGACUAAACUGAGAGAGCUGGAGGAAAAACGAGGGGACCAUCCACACAGAGAGAACAAACACGCCGCUCAGAGCUUAGAAAAGCAAGCCGCAGGUGACUGGGUCCAGGAGGACUGGGUGGACUUCACCACAUCUGAGACUUACUCAUCACAACCUCAAUCCAGGGAUCCAGAUCAGGAGCCUGUGGAGCAGCCUGGACUCCUUGAAGGAAUCUCUUCACAAUCUCUGAGAGAUCUGCAAGCAGAGAUCCAGACUGUGAAGAGGGGGAGCGCAGAGCUGGAGCAGCAGCUGCAGGAAACACAGACCAGUCUGUCUCUGAAGGAGGCGGAACUGUCGGAGCUGGGCGAAGAGCUGCAGGCGUUAAGAGCGAAGGAACGACAGAUCGAUGCUCUCUCAGAGGAGAUAAACGACCUCAGAGAGAAGUAUCACCACGCCGAGUCGUACGCUGAGACUCUGAAAGCAGAGAUGGAAGCAACAUCCACAGCGGCGUCUGAGGACUCAGCAUCCUCCAUCGCAGCUCUUCAGGCUGAAGUGCACGACUUCAAACAGUUCCUCGACAACAAGAACGUCCAAAUCUCAGAGCUGAGUCAGCAGCUCAGCGAGCAGAACUGCCUCAUCAGCUCGAUGCAGGACACGGUGUCCGAGAAGGAUCAGCUCAUUUCCUCUCUGCAGGAAGAGCUGAAGGCUGAGCAGGAGAAGACGCAGAGGUUAGAGGUCGAGAUCCCACAGAAGCAAGGGGAGGAAAAAGACAGCGAGGAGAAGAUCCAGCAGAUGCAGAGGAAGCUUCAGGCUGCUCUGAUCUCUCGCAAAGAGGUCUUAAAAGAGAACAAGAGCCAGAAGGAAAAGCUUGCAUCGGCGGAGAAGGUCAUGUCUGAGCUGCAGAAGAAAAUGGACUCAACAGGAGAGGAGCUGGAGACGCUGAGGUCAGAGAGAGCUCGACUGAUCGAGGAGGUUGACCGCAUGUUACUGGAAAACCAAAGCCUGGGGUCGUCCUGUGAGAGCCUCAAACUGGCGAUGGAGGCGGUACUCAACGAGAAAGACGCCUGCAGGAGAGACUUAGAGCUGGCGAAGGAAGAGGCGGCAAGAGCGUGCAGAGAGUGGGAGGAGAAGGUCCAAGGCAUGAAGGACGAGUACGAAACACUGCUCAAGUCGUACGAGAACGUGAGCGACGAGGCGGAGCGGGUGAGACGAGUCGUGGAAGCGGCGCGGCAGGAGAGACAGGAGCUCGCCGCCAAGGUGAGGACGCACGAAGCGGCGAGGCAGGAGGCGGCAGGGAAAGCGGAAGAGGCGCAGAAAGAAGUGGAUACAGUGAAAGACAAGAUGAGGAAGUUCGCCAAAACGAAGCAGCAGAAGAUACUGGAGUUGGAGGAGGAGAACGAGAGGCUGAGGGAGACGCAGGAGAGGAGCGGGACGAAGCGAGAAAGCAGGACUCUUAGGGGGGAGGUGGAAAGCCUUCAGGAUGAGCUGGGGGCGCUGAAAGCUGAGCUGGACGCCACGGUGGCAGAAAGAGACUCUUUAGGGCGGCAGGUGGAGGAGAUGAAGGAACGAGUCGCAGGGACAGGAGAGAAAGAGGAGGAUGCUUCUGAGACUGCUGCAGAUGUUGUAGAAGAGGUUGUCACAGCUCAGCAAUCUGAUGUGAUCCUGACUGAAGCUCCGCCUACAGAGAGUCACGAUGAGGACCAAGAUGAACCGCCGAGCACAGAGGAGACGCCAGAGGAACCAGCACGUGCAGAAGAAGCUUCAGAAACACUUUCACAACCUGCUGAGGAAAAAGAAAAAGCAGAAACGAAGGAGAGCGUUGAAGCCUCGCUGGAGGAUAAGAUGAAGGAGAUGGAGGCUGCUGUGAACACAGAAAGGGAACUGUGGCGUGAGCAGGAACUGAAACUCAAAGAUGAACUGGCCUCUCUGGAGCGAGAUCUUCAGGAAAGCAAAGAAAGGGAGAGUCUGCAAACCUCGCUGGAAACAUGCCUCCAAGAGGGCAAAGAGAGAGAGAAGAGGAUGAUGGAGGAAGGCACGAAGAGGGAGGCUCAGGUCAAGGAGCUUCUGAAGAGCCUGGAGACGGAGAAAGAUAACCUGGAGGAGCGACUCAUGAACCAGCUGGCCCAGCUCAACGGGAGCAUCGCCGGGUACCAGCAGGAGGCCGCGGACAACCGGGAGAGCCUCGCUGAUCUACGCCGGGAGGUGGAGAGGUUGGAGAGGGAGCGGGAUGAGCUGGAAGCCGAGGCUCAGAGCGAGAGGGACCGGGCCGCCAGGCUGGAGGAGGACUUGAGGCAGACUCAGAGAGAACGGGCUGAAGCCGAGGCGGAGUCCGGGAAGCAGAGGGAGCUGGAGCAGCAGCUGAAGUCUGCGCAGAGGUUCAAAGAAGGCAGUCAGAGCCGCGUUCGUCAGCUGGAGGAGCUGCUGAGGGAGAAGCAGCUGGAGGUCCGUCAGCUGCAGAGGGACUCCAUCAACUACCAGGAGAGGAUCAGCGAGCUGGGCAGGGAAGCUAAGGCGCUGCAGCACGGCCACGACGAGCUCAGGCAGAAACUAGAACAGUCUCAAUCAGAGACUUUGAAGACUACAGAAGACCUGAAGAGGACUGAAGCGGACUUGGCGAGCUGCAAAUCUGAGCUGGAGGAGACUCAGAAGAAGGCGAGCGAAGCUUUCGCUGAGAAGACAGCCGUAGAACAGAGCGCCCAACAGAAAGAGACCGCACUGAAAGCUGAAGCAGAGCAAACCUUGGACUCUGUGAGGUUCAGGCUGGGAGCCGAGCUGAAGGAGAUGGAGCUGAGACUGGAGGAGGCGUACACGGAGAGAGAAAGAGAAGAGGAAGCCACGCUGGAGGCGAGAGAGAUCGCAGAGGGAGCUGAGAGACGGGCUCAGGAGAUGCAGGCCCGCUUGGAUGAGUCUCUGGCCAGGUUAGCCGCCUUCUCGCGCUGCAUGUCCUCACUGCAGGACGACAGGGACAGAGUUCUGGAUGAAGCCAAAGGGUGGGAGACUCGCUUUAACAACUCUCUGCAGAGUAAGGAGGCUGAGGUACGAGACGCUGACACACGGUCUAAGGAUCUGGCAGAGCGGCUGCAGAAAGAAACUGCUCUCAGAGAGGAGCUUCAGGUGUCAGUGGACCGGUUAGAGAAAGCAGACAAAGAGUGGCAGCUGAGACUGGAAGCAGAGGAAGCAAAAGUCAACGGGAUCCAAGCUGCUCUGGAGGAGGAGACCAAGAAACUUCAGAAGACGACAGCUGAGCUCGAGUCGGCACAGAACGAGACCAAAGCUCUGAAAGACGAGCUAGAGACUCUCAACCAGAGGACCAGAGCUCUGGAGGAGGCUGUAGGUCGCCUGCAGGGUGAAGUGGACCAAGCCAGGACCGAGCUGAGGGAGAGGGAGGCCGAAGAAAGGAGACUGUGUUUGAACGUGGAACAGCUAGAGACGGACCUGAGAACCUCAAAGACCCUGACGGAGAGUCUGCAGACCGAGCUGCACGAGAAGGAGAAGAGAGAAGUGGAGAUGCUGGGGGAGAAGGAGACAGCUGUGGCAGAGGCGGCAGAAGAGGCGAGGAAGGAAGCUGACAGCAGAGCGCGAGCAGCCGAGGAGGAGCUGGAGCAGAGGAGAGGGGAGCUGAGGGAGCUCGAGGAGAAGCUGCGCAAGGCGGAGGAAGAGAGCAGCGGCAGGAAAACCAAACUGGACUCUUUCACCAAGGCCAUGGGAUCCCUGCAGGACGACCGAGACCGAGUUAUGAACAUGUACAAACAGCUGGAGGAGAAACACCUGCAGGUGAUGAUGGAGAAGGACGGGCUGAUCCAAGAGGCAGCAGGAGAGAACAACAGCCUGAAGGAGGAGAUGCGCUCUCUGCUGGUCCAGAGAGACGACCUGUACGCUGAGAAGGCGCACCUGUCCGCUCAGCUGCACGGAUACCGGGACGAACUGAACCAAGUCCUGAGCAUGAAGGAGUCUCAGCAGAAGAAGAUCCUCGGAGCUCAGAGAGACCGCAUCGCUUCCCUGGAAAAAGAGAGGAAGGAGUUAGAGAGUCAGUUAGGGAUGAUGAGCAAAGCCAGAGAGACGGAGGUAGAAGCAGUCGCAGUGGAAAGGGAGACGCUCAGCCAGGCUGCUGAAGUUACUGCAGCACCGCAGGUCAUCGAUGCUCCCGGCGCAGAGGUGGAGAAGCUGAGGGAGCAGCUGCAAGCCGCCAGGGAACGAGCGGAGGCUUUGGAGGAGACUCUGCAGACGGAGAGACAAGAGCAGGAGAGAAAGGGCAAAGAGCUGGCUGAGCUGCAAUGGGAGGGAGGAGUGAUGCGGACGGAGUCUGAGAACGCUCAGGAGAGGGUGGCGGAACUGGCGCGAGACCUUCUGUUAGUUGAGCAGAGGCUUCUGGAGGAAAGGGAGACAAGUACGCAGCUGAAAGCAGAGAACCAGUCGUUCUCAAAAUCCAUGGCCUCGCUCCAGGACAGCAGGGACGAAGCGGUGAACAAGGCCCGGGAGCUGAGCCUGAGGCUGGAGGAGAUGAGCAAGGCAGGUGGCCACACGGCUCAGAUCAGCCCAGCAGGAUCCACGGGAGAAGUGUGGGGGCUGAAGAACGCCCUGCAAGCCCUGCAGAACGACCGCGAGAGACUGCUGGAGCAGCUUCAAACACAGACAUCUGAGCUGCAGAAGCAGAAGUCAGAGCUAGCUCGGCUCGGAGCAGGAGAGCUGAUUAAAGUCAGCCAGGAGCUCUUUGAGGAGAGAAAGAAGAACGAAGACAUGCUGAGUGUCUUAAUGCAGCUGGAGAACGUGGUGGAAAUGGGCAAGCAGGAGAUAGAGACUCUGAGACUGGAGCGUAUGGACUGGAUGGCUCAGGCAGAGCAGCUGAAGCAGCAGACCCUCGCCACGCUCUCAGAGAGGGACCAACAAGUGCGGCAACUCGCCGCCAUGCUGGAGGAGGCCCGCGCUCACAAACCCAAAAUGCAGCAGGAGCACUAUCAGAGAGAGGGCACAGAGGAGGUGGACAGCGCUCCCGGAGCCCCACAGGAGCGCAGCAGCAGCCUACCAGACACCCACACCUACAUAGCUGAAGUCAAAGAGCUACAGAGACGGCUGAAUGAAGAGAUGCAGCAGCGGGUGGCCGUGGAGGAGCAGCUGAUGGCCGUUGAGGAUCGACUCAGACGCAGUCACAGCCAGGCUAAGUGGCAGUCAGAGGAGGAGCACUCAGAGACUGCUGUUUUCAUCGAGCCAUCGGAAGGAGCUGUCACUCGAACUCGGAGAGGCGGCCCGGGUUUGUCGCGGAUGCUGCGAGUGGCCUUCUGUUCCCGUCAGCGCACCCCUCUGCUGCUCGGCCUCUAUCUGCUCACCGUGCACGUCCUGCUGCUGAUGUGUGUGAGCGGAUACCUCUGAAAGCAGCUCGCUUCCACACAACCAGGAAGACGAGUGAGAGAGAGAAGGAGAUGGAGAAAUGGAGAUGUGGCACAGGCCUAACCCAAGCCAUCAACAUGUUUUAAUCAUAGAAGAUACGAACAUUGCACUUUACAGGGCUUCAUCUUUUAGCCAAAGUAUCUACAUUUAUACAGGAUGAUGUUUUAUUUGCUGUUGUGUUACUUUGAGGGUGUAUUAUACGUUUUUCAAAACCCAAACAUGGAUGGUUUAAAGGGACAACUUUUUAAUUUAACUAAAAAAAAAAAGAGGACAAGUAGAUUCACAAUCAAGUGUUUUAUCAGGUGUUGGUGUUUAUGUGCCUGUAGAUUUGGAUAUAAAGGGUCAGAGGUAGAGAGGAAAAGGCUUGGCUCAGUCACAUGGUUACACAUUUUGACUAUAGACUGUAUAAAUAACGGCGGUAGCCAUAUUGGAAAUGCAGAACUCAACCAGGCAUAGUGUGACGUAAAGAGGCGGAGUUUGAGCACCUAGCCAACAGCUAUGUGUUCCCGUCUGGGAGUCAAGUCAGUCAUGUCCUUAUUUGGGCUCAUAACUCAUAAUCUUAAUAUCUUCUGAACCGUCACGUUAGAAAAAAAAUCACCCUGAUAGAGAAAUGAGCCACGUAGAGCCAAGCUGUUCUUUGAACCAGGCUGUAAACAUGUUUAUUAAUGCUGCAAAGAUCGUCUUUUUUGAAUGGGUGUGUAUGUGGUUUCCUGUGUUUCUGCAGCCAGCCUCAAGCGGAUUCUCGAGGAAUUGCAGUUUAUAACACGUCCGCAUCGGCUUCAUAGUUAGAGACCGGAGGUUGCUGCUUGAUUUUGACUUAAAACAAACCUUUAGGUUAAAAAUCAACAACUUAUAUGUGUUUUAUUUUUUAAAUCAGAUGGACCUAAUUCAUCAUCAUACAUUACUUUAAAUAUGCCUUCCUGUAUUAUCAAGUUUAUUUCAGGUGUUUUCUUAAACUUCACAGGGUAAAAAAGCUUGUUGACCCAUUACACCAGAUUCAUUUAUCACAUGCGAUUACCAACACUAAUGAGGUCAUUUAAGCCUAAUUAUAUAGAUAUUUUGUACUUUUGCAACUCUGAUAAUCCCAGUUCUGAUUACUGACCUAGAGUUGAAAGUAUCAGUUUUACAUUAGAGGAUUAGGGCCACUGAAAAAAAAAUUAAAAAUCUAAGGUCAAAAUUUUUUUUUUAAUUAUUAUUCUGAGAAAAAAGUCAGAAUUCAGAGAAUAAAGUCAGACUUUAAACUCAGAAUUCAAACUUUUUUCUCAGAAUAAUAACUUUAAAAAAAUUUGUUGACCUUAAUUUUUUUUUUUUUUCCAGUAGCCCUAAUCGAUCCUCUUACGUACAGUAUCACAGGAAACUGAGUAAAACAAAUAAUGAAUGGAUGCAUUAAUGCUUAUAAACUGUAGGACGAAUAAACCGCUGGGCCGUUGGUUUGCGGUGUUACGCAGAAUUCUGUUACCGAACUAUUUUGGUUCUGAACAGUUGGGCUAAAGUUAGCCUCUCUCAAAAAAACAGAAAGUGGCAUUUCCGUCCUAUUUUGAUGAAGUAUUAAUCAAGUUAUGAUUAAAUUGGGAGUUUUAGAGACACUUCUGUCUUAUGAAAGCCAGGCUUGUUGUCCCUUUCCCCGUUUUUGAGCUAAACUAACUGCCCAAGCUAGUUUCCACAAGCUAGGUUUUUGUCCUAAGCUAACUAGCUGCUUGUUGUAGCUCUGUGUUUAGAUGAGAGUUUAGUCGACCUUGUCUUAUAAUCCUUGCCAAAAUACAACCAAACAAAUGUCCCAAAAUGUUGAACUACUUGUUUUAAAUGGCUUGAGGUUCAGGGUGUGCUUGUUAUAGUCCAGUCUCUUCCUCCUAUUUAAUGCACAAAAACGAGCACAGUGCAAUUCCUGUUCCUACACAUUCCUUAAUGUCCCCCUUUUUUCUUUUUAUACCACAUUUUAUUAAGAAGCAUUAUACUAAUACAUGUACAUACAUAUGACUUGUACACAUGGUAUGUAUGCUGUGAGUUUGUCUGUCCUUGCUUCAGUUGCACACUUUGAGAUUUCAGUUUGAUCUUAUUGGAUGCUAAUGAAGAAGAGGUCAUCAGGUGAGCUGUUUGAUUACAGCAGGUGUUCAUUCCAGAGGAGAAAGACUGCUGUGUUUUCCAAUGAUAUCCAUCAUACACUAUUCUGAUGUAGCAUAAUUUAUUGUCCAGCUGUCGACUACAUCCAUCCAUAUAAUAAUAAUAAUAAUCUCUGGUCCUUGUUAAUUUAAUCUCUAACUGUGGGUGACCUGAUUCUCCUCUAAUCAUCGUCUGUCUUAUUCAUGUUCUUCUUCUCAUGCUAAACACACUGAAAUAUACUUUUACUGUAAAUAACUGUUAAAAAGGGCUGUAUAGAAAAUAACGUAAUAAAGUGGUUGUGGUUUGGA